GGUGAAACAUAAAAGGGAGAGCACCCACACCAACACGUUCCACUUCCGGUACAGGUUCCCGCCUGAAGAGCUUCUUGUAUGGUGAUUGUCUGGAGACAGUGCAGGUUUGACAGUAUCUGCACUCUCUAGAGGAGCUGGGGGAUCAGCGUGUGGAUACAUUAUGUCAGUUGAGGAUACCUCGGAUCUGUUGAGCCAGGUGGCACUAGUGGAGGAAGCUGCAGAGGAUGUAUUGGCAGAUCGGAGACAAAUAAUUGACCUGGAUAAGAAGAGGAACAAGACACGAGAGGCCAUCAGAGCCCUACAGAAGACAACAACGAGUGAAAAGUCAUGGGUGUGCUUUGGAAACAUGUUCAUCAAAAUGCCAAACAAGAAAGCUGCAAACCUUCUUGAAAAAGAUUAUAAUCAACUUGAUGAAGAACUGACUGAUAUCAGGAAAAAGUUGAAACCUAAAGUCAAUAAUCUGCGGAACUUGGAAAAUAAAGAGGACAUGAAAGGUUUUGGGCUGAAUCCUCUCAGCAAAGAAGAGCUCAGAGCUAUUGAAAAGAUGUUAUGAAAACAUUUGCUGUUUGUGAUACCUGGACACUUCUUGUACAUUUUGAGAAGUGAUUCAAUGAACAGUAUGUGUGCUUGCU